AUGUCACAACAGCAGACACCACAUGACCUCACUAAUGGCGAUAACUCACAAAAUGAGCAUGAGUUGAUUGAAGAUCAUCCUUUAGAAAUUACAUCAAACGAGCUACAGUCCAGUAUUAGCCUUACAAAUGGACAAAUGAACAGAUUGCUACAAAGUCACUCAUCCCAUCGCCGUGAUAGAUCUCGCGAUCAUAUGUUCUUUUCGCAUUUAACGCAACAAUCAUACUCCCUAAACAGAAAUAGCUUAUUAAACUCCAUCAAUACUGUCCGGCCUUUAAUUAAUGAUUUGAUUACCGAAAACAACCAACGUGCCAUCUAUAUUCCCGAGAAUCCAGAUUCUCUAGAAGUUCUCCAGCUCAAAGUGAAGCUAGAUGGUAAGGAUAAUAUGGAAUUAGACAAAAGCGCCCUUUCGCAGUUGUUUAAAGCACAAGCAUUAUCUGCUAUCGAUCAUUUGACUAAUCUACAGACUCGUGUUCAAGACAUUUCAUCUAAAGUGUUUAUUACUGGUGACUUGAACUCCGGUAAGUCGACCCUAUGCAAUGCCUUUCUCAGAAAGAAAGUAUUGCCCGAAGAUCAAUUACCAUGCACUAAUGUGUUUUGUGAAAUAGUAGAAGCGAGAGAGAAUAUGAAUAUGGAACGAGUUCAUGCUAUUCCUAAAACUGUGGCAAGUUCUGUGAAGGAUGCUACUAUUUUGUAUGACAUUAGAGAUAAAUCAACAUAUGAAGAUCACCCUCUUGAAAAGCUAGAUCAGUUGGUUUAUGAUAAUGAACAUUACAUCUUAUUAAAAGUUUUUAUUAAAGACGAUAAAAGACCUGUCGAAUAUAGCUUACUAAGGAAUGGUACUGCUGAUAUAUCUUUGAUCGAUUCCCCUGGUUUAAAUAUGGAUUCCGUUAAGACUACUGAAGUUAUGUCUCGUCAAGAAGAAAUUGAUCUAGUAGUAUUCGUUGUCAAUGCCGAAAAUCAAUUAACAUUAUCCGCAAGGGAAUUUAUCACUAUGGCAUCCAGGGAAAAGAAGUUAAUGUUCUUCGUUGUCAACAAAUUCGAUCACAUUAAAGAUAAAGAGCGCUGUAAAAAGCUGAUUUUAGACCAAAUCAAAGAGAUAUCACCCGAGACUUACAAACUGAACAAGGAAUUUGUACACUUUGUGUCUAGUCAUGGGAAAAUUCCAGAUGAUGGUGGGGAUGGUCCAGAUGGCGAUCAUCCUGAAGAUGAUAACGGUAUUUUGAACGAUGAUGAUCCAGAUUUUGAUCAACUUGAAGACAAUUUACGUAAUUUCGUUUUCAAAAAGCGCUCAUUAUCGAAACUCUUACCAGCUAAGACUUACCUAAUAAAAUUACUGAAAGAUAUAGAGAAGAUCUCAGCUUGUAACUUGGAAAAAUACAAACAAGAAGACUGUGAUCUUAACGCGGCACUAGAAGAGUUACAGCCCCAAUUACAUGAUGCCGCUCAGCGCUGUGCCCGACUCGUCGAAUCCAUCGACAAAAUUUCCGAGUUCUCUACAAAAGAGGUGUACGGAUACACGAAGAUGAAAAUAAACCAGGCAUUAAAGUUAACACCAUCUGAAUUCCCACCUUACACUGGGCUUUCAUCCAUCUAUGAUUACGUCCAGCGCGUGAGAACCUUCAUAAUCGAUCAGAUAUUGACAAGUGUGCAAAUCAGUGAAGAGUAUGCAAGAAAUAAUGCCGAAGAAUCGGUUAAGGAGAUGCACAACCUGGCGAAGGAACAAUUAGGUGAUGAUUUCAUGUCUAACUUGGUGUUCAAAAGUGAUCUAAUGUUCACGAAAAAGAAGCAUAACUUGAGCAGAAAGUUAGAUGUUCCUUUGGGGAUCAGUAAUUUCCUAGACCCUUCUGUAGAGGGUUUCAUUUCCUAUUUAUCGUGGGGUUUAGUAAAACCACCACUUAGAAUCGGUCACGACAGCAGCAGUAAAGAAGAUACAUCGUCUGUUAAGAAGAAUUCGUGGUCUCAAUCACUCGCUCUAUCUUCGUACUCUGUUUCCCAAUACUGGACAAACCCAUCGUUAAUAUUCACAUCUAAGAUACCAACUCUUUUAGUCUACUCAUUUGGAGGAUCUACGAUGCUCAAAAAUGCUUUGAUAAAUGGAUCUAUGUUUUUCUCAUUAAGAUCCUUGAAAAAGCUGUCAGGUUCACUACUAAUCGUAGGAAGUUUUCUAGGUAUAGCAUAUUUGAUCCAUGAUCUUCCAAGAGCGUUACCAAUGAAGUUAUCUGAAAAAUACAGAGAAAGGUUAUUAGAGCUUGACUAUGCCCAUAACAAUGCUGAUCGGGUCUCUAAGGAAGUAUCACAAGUCUUCAAAUUUCCUACAAGAGAAGUUGUCAAGGCUUGCGAGUUAGUCGUUGACAAGAAGACUUCUAAGAAGAAAGAGGUUGAAGCCCGGCUGAGAAAUAAUGCAAUGAGUAUUGACUUUUUCCAAGCUUUACUUUCAAAGUCCCAAGAGCAAAGAUCCUCAGUGGAAUCUAUUAACUUGGAAGUCGAUUAA